AAUUCAUUCGCGAGUGGACAGCUGUUCGAGAAGAACGUAUGUUGUGUUUCGGUCGGACCUACAUAUACAGUGCUGCUGAAUAAGUAAAUUUUCCAUAACCAAACUCUCGUUAAUUUAGCACAUUCAACGCCAUUCUUCCCUUUACCAAACUCCAGUGGAAAACUUAUAAUCGAAACGCAUGUUUGGGUGGCGCUGUGAUGGAAUUUUUAACCAAGAGGAUGAAUUAAUUUUUCAUGGAUUGGUGAAAAACUUGGAUAAAUGGAAACGUCGUUCUCAGGCGAAUAGUAUCGCAGGAAAAAGCUAAAAUUUUGGAUGAAAAUCAAGUGUUGUUUGUUUUGAAUCUUACAUGUGGGUGAAAUUUUGAAUAUCUAGUGUUCCUUCUAGCAUGAUUUUGCUCAUGCGAGAGUGAUUUGUCUACAGCCGCGAGUGCUUAUCAUCGUAUUUAAUAAAUCAUUUAACAGCAUGAUUCAAACAUCACAUUCAUUUUUUCUACAUUGAACUCGAAUCGCCGGCUGCAAGAGCGGCAUCCGCCAUCGACUAUCGCUGGGAAGCAAAAAUCAUUGUACUCUCGGCCGCACCACAUCGGCAGCUGAUUAUACUACACUCCACUGAACAGCAUGGCCACUGCUCACGAUUGCUCAUAAAUAUUCUCAAGAAAUUGUAGAUGGUUGCUUCGAAUGUUCACGCGGGCAGUCAUUUGGUUGGUGGCAUUCGGCGCGGUUUAAAUAUUUGCAGUGCAUUGCCGAGAAUUCAGUUUUGGUUGUUAUCAGUAUUUUGUUUGUAAACAAAUUGGCUAUAUCUGAUGAAUUGAUACUAAGUUCGCGAGGGCGAAGCUAUACCUAGUGAUAGUGAUUAUUUUAUGAGAGAACUUUUCUGGUCCUAAAGGCGAGAGCCGUAGUGAGUGAUUUUUCUAUCGUCAGCGCGGAGAAAAAAUGAGUGAUUUAGCCAGCAGCUCUAGUGACAUUGGAGGGUCGUCUGUGGCUGCAGUACCGCCCAGCGAGAGCGACAAUCUGUUGAACGACGCAAAUAGAUCUAACAACAGCGUCGAAAUGGCUGGCGCCAGCAAGGAGCAAAGUCUGGAAAAAGCUGAACUGGAAAAUGCAUCGUCGUCUACCGACCAUGACAGUGUUGUCUCCCUGUUAUACUCCUUCGCCAAGAAGGUAGUCACAGUGGGUAUUAUCUACUGCGUUGGCUACAUGGGCUGGUCUGUAGCGUGGCUAAUUACACCGGUAAUCCUGUCUGUGGCACGCGACCAGUGGCGUAGGAAAAACGAAAUUCGUCGAAACGUGGCCAAAGCAUCGGCGCUGGCGAGUGAUAAAGAUGUCAUCCUGGCUCGCCUUGGCGAUUUACCUGCUUGGGUAUUCUUCCCGGACGUUGAACGUUGUGAGUGGUUGAAUAGGAUUCUAAAACAAGUGUGGCCCAAUGCUAAUUUCUUCGCCAAAAAUCUCAUAAAGGAUUCCAUCGAGCCUAACAUUCAACAGGCACUGUCUGGAUACAAGCUAAAUGGAUUCAAGUUCGACCGUAUGAUUUUGGGAACGAUUCCUCCUCGAAUCGGCGGAGUGAAAGUAUAUGACAAGAAUGUGUCACGAAAUGAAAUCAUAAUGGAUCUGGACUUGUUCUAUGCCGGUGAUUGUGACAUUAACUUUUCCCUAAGUGGACUGCGGGGUGGCAUCAAGGACUUUCAGAUCCACGGUACGGUGCGGGUCAUUAUGAAACCGUUGAUCUCACAGAUGCCACUCAUCGGUGGUCUGCAAAUUUUCUUCCUUAACAAUCCGUAUAUCGAUUUCAACUUGGUCGGUGUCGUGGAUCUGCUCGAUAUGCCGGGACUCAGUGAUAUACUGCGGAAAAUUAUAGUGGAACAGGUGGCUGCCAUCAUGGUGUUGCCGAAUAAGCUGCCCAUCAUUUUGAACGAGGGUGUACCGGCCGUUUCACUGAAAAUGCCUGAGCCCGAGGGAGUUCUUCGAAUUCAUGUGGUAGAAGCCAAGGACCUAAUGAAGAAGGAUAUUGGUGUUCUAGGAAAAGGCAAAUCCGAUCCCUAUGCCAUCAUAUCUGUUGGUGCCCAACAGUUCCGCACGCAGACAAUCGAUAACACGGUUAAUCCCAAGUGGGAUUACUGGUGCGAGGCUGAGGUUAACGCCACGUUAGGUCAGGAGAUUGAGUUCAACCUUUGGGAUUGGGAUCCCGGCUUUCCAGGUGUCCAGAAUGACGACUUUCUCGGCAGGGCUACAGUUGAGAUCAGCAGUGUAACGAAGAACGGAGAAAUCGACACGUGGCUAACUCUUGAACAAGCUAAGCACGGGUUGGUGCACCUACGAAUGACCUGGUUCGCCCUUAGCGCUGACAAAAACGAUCUAAAGGCUGCCAUGGAAGAAACUCAACUGCUGCGGGUGACAUCGAUGAGUAGCGCUCUGCUGACAGUUUUUGUGGACUCCGCCAAGAAUCUACCCCAAGCUCGCCAGCAAAGUCAACCAGAUCCAUACCUUAUCCUGAGCGUCGGAAAGAAAACCGAGCAAACAACACCACAGAUGCGCACCGAUGCUCCGGUGUGGGAACAAGGGUUCACCUUUCUGGUUAACAAUCCGGAUAACGACACAUUACAGCUUAAAAUAGUUGAUCAAAAGACUGGAAACUCCCUCGGUACUUUAACCUACAUCCUAAGCGCGCUCAUGGCAAAACCGAAUUUGGAGCUGAUGUCACAACCUUUCCAGCUGUUAAAAUCAGGCCCAGAAUCAAAGAUUCUUAUGUCGUUGUCGCUGCGUAUUUUAAAGCGCAGCCGUGACACACCAAAUGAUGCAGUUUCUGAUAAAACAUCUGCGUCCGAGGGAUACGGAGGAGAUAGCUCUCUAUCACGAUCCAGCUCGGUUAGGGCAGCGCCUACCGUCGUUGCCGAUUCCACCACAUCGGAACCCGCAGUGAGCUCUUCGGUGAAGAGACAGGAAUCACGGAAAUCUACAUCCUCUGGGAUUAUUGACCAAAUGUCCGUCCAGGAUGAGCCAUUUUUCGUUUCUACGUUGAAUACAGUAAUGAUGGCCACCCCACCAAGAAGCCCAAAUCUCAGUGAGAACGGAAACGAAUUGUUGCGUCGUAGUCCAAGCACUACGUCCAGCGCAGGAUCAGCUGGUUUGGGGCGAAUCCAGCUUACGAUUGCCUACAGUAUUCAACGACAGCGAAUGCUUGUGAUUAUUCACAAAAUUAAUAACAUCCCGUUAAAGGAUCCGUCAAAUAUUCCGGAUCCGUACGUUAAACUGUAUCUACUCCCAGGACGCACAAAGGAGUCGAAAAGAAAGACCAAUGUGGUUAAAGACAACUGUGAUCCGGUUUUCGACGCCACGUUUGAAUACAUUAUUUCAAAUGCAGAACUAGUAAAUUCGGAGUUGGAAAUUACGGUCUGCACACAGAAAGGUUUCUUUGGAAGUCCCGUCAUUGGAAUGCAAAAAAUUGCGCUUAACGAUUCGGAAAUUUCUUCGUCACAUGGACUGAAGGCUUGGUACGAUCUACUGCCCGAGUCGAAAUUUGAAUAAGUUGCAAAGUGUGAAUCGCUAAUUGUGUUUUAUAUACAUUAAAAAAUUAAGGCAAAAGAAUAUUUUUUGAAAACCGGUGCAUCAUGUCACGUUUUUAAACAACUUUUGAAUUAUAAGACAAUUUUUAAAUUGUACGACUUGCACUUUUUUAAAUUCAUAGAUUCGUGAAAAAAGUAAUCUCAAUUAUACGAACCAUCUCAAUGGUUCUAAAGGAGUUAAUCCGUCUUCUCUUCCUUAGAACAUGCACUUCUUUUUUCGGAGCACAUUUAAUAACAAUUAAACGCAAAUCAACAGCAAAAAAAUAUUGAACAAUGAACAAAUAGUGGUCUCCACAACGUGUCAAUUAAUAGGAAAAUUCACAACAGUGCAGCAAAACAAAGGUGCACCAAAAUAAACAAUAGAGGCUGCAUGAGGACUGUAUUAUCUGAUGAUAUCGCAUGCAAUUAAUUUCGAGUCCUCAACAGUCAGCUUAUUAUACAUAAUUUCAUUCAAUUCAACAGUUUGUUGCACGAAGUGGCCUUCAACACAGAAAGCAUGCUUCUUACAGUGAAAUAAAAGCUAAUAAAACCAAUCACAGUCAGAACAAAUGGUAAAUCAUUGAACAAAUAAUUUUAAGAUGCACAAUUAGAGAGCUUCAAAUUUGAACAAUCAAACUCACUCAGCUAUGUAGACGCCGUGAUCAAAUCUCAUUGAUAUGUAGAAUUUAAGAUACGAGUCAUUUUUAAAUUUGGACUACCAAAUUCUCGCAAUUUUAUCGGACAAAGGCUUUUAAAAAUACCCAUGGAUCAAUAUAUUGAAAUUAUAUAAACUAUUAUUACCAAUUGUUAAGAAUAUAAGAAAAUUAAUUUCAAAUUUAAUUUGAAACCAUAAA